AUGUUGCUUCAUGGCGGUUUCUUCGGUCAGAUCUUUAGUCUGAUUAAGAAGCAGGUUGACUGUCUUUGCUGCCAACAUCUCAUGAGCAGCGAUCUCAGAGAAACGGCAUCCCUCGCUGUCAUAGGAAUCCUUUGGUACAACGAGAAUUCCUUCACAGAAAAAGCAGCGGCAAAGGCACAGAGCAUCAGCACCUGGCGCGCAAAGGAUUGA